CGUCACAAAAUUAUGUCACCCUGACUGAGUCCGCGGUCAGAAAGGAAAGAAGCAUGGCCGCUAUUUUAAGGGGGUCUCGGAACGUAUGGGGAAGGAUCAGACAUGUUGAUUAUACUCUGGUCUCCAGCAGGUCCAUGGCCUCUAAAACCCAGGUGGGCUUCAUCGGCCUAGGGAACAUGGGAAACCCCAUGGCCAAGAAUCUGCUGAAACAUGGAUAUCCUGUCAUUGCCACAGAUGUCUUCCCAGAGUCUUGCAAAGAACUGCAAGAGCUGGGUGCUCAGAUAGUGGAUAACCCAGCUGAGGUGGCAGAUAAAGCCGACCGCAUCGUCACAAUGCUGCCCUCCAGUCCAAACGUCAUCGACGUCUACACUGGAGCCAACGGCAUCCUCAAGAAGGUUAAGAAAGGCUCGUUACUCAUCGACUCCAGCACCAUCGACCCAGCUGUUUCCAAGGAGAUGGCUUUGGCCGUAGAGAAGAUGGGAGCUGUUUUUAUGGACGCCCCAGUAUCAGGAGGUGUGGGGGCCGCCACCUCGGGGAAACUGACCUUCAUGGUGGGGGGUGUGGAGGAGGAGUUCACUGCGGCCCAGGAGCUCCUCUCCUGUAUGGGAGCCAACGUGGUGUACUGUGGAGCCGUUGGCACCGGACAGGCAGCCAAAAUCUGCAACAACAUGCUGCUUGCGAUCGGAAUGAUUGGGACAUCGGAGACCAUGAACCUUGGCAUCAGGCUAGGCCUUGACCCCAAGCUGCUGGCUAAGAUCCUAAACAUGAGUUCAGGACGCUGCUGGUCCAGUGACACGUAUAACCCCGUCCCUGGGGUCAUGGAGGGGGUCCCUUCCGGAAACAACUACCAGGGAGGCUUUGGCACCCAACUCAUGGCCAAGGACCUGGGGCUGGCUCAGGCCACAGCCACCAACACGAAGACCCCAGUCCCACUGGGUUCCCUUGCCCACCAGAUCUACCGCAUGAUGUGUGCCAGGGGCUACGCCGGCAAAGACUUCUCCUCUGUCUUUAUGUUCCUUCGAGAGGAUGAGAAGGAGGAGGGUCAAUAGAUGGGGUGACCACCCCCUCUGCCAUGUUCCAGCCGGACCAGGGACUGUUCCACCAAGGACUACCAUGUAGUUAUACUCUUAGAAAUUACAGCUCCAGAGGGGUUCAUUGGUUGUCCCCGUGUAAAACUCCUUUUUGUUCCCCGGUAGAAACUUUUUAGGUUCUAGUUAGAGCCCCUUCAGAUAUAGAAGGGUUCUAUCUGGGACCAAAAGAGGAGAAAGCUGAAUUACCGUUCUAAGAUCUAGGUGGCACCUUUUUAUUCUACCGAGGGGCAGUCAGGAAGUGUGUAUGUUUGGUCAAGACCGUGCAGCAAGCAGAAAUGACAUGAGCAGAGCGAUGUACUGUACCUCUAAGAUGGAAAUCAUGUUACGUGUGUGUGUGAGGGAGAGAUCCUGCCAUAGGUAAAAGCAGCACUCCUUUCAUUUUGUUAAUUUGGACUGGAAGACUAGAUUUUCAGGUGUGGUUAGUGUUUUGAAAGUCACCAUCGUUCAAUAGGCUGACUAACCAUAACAACUAUCCCCAUGACGAUGUAUAGCGCAUGUCGUUAUGGAAACCCUGCCCAGGCUGUGCAAAAGGGAAUUACCCGUUAACGAGUACACUCACCCGGCAACAACAGACCACUUAGCCUUCAGACACUUUUUGGGUUUAGUCACCACUCGCAUCACUUCAACUUCACGUUUAUGGUCUUUCAAUUGUUUUUGUGUCUGUUUCUUGUGGGAUUUAUUUUCAGUAAACACUAGACUGAGGGAGAGAAUUUCCCUCUCAUUUGUGUAUGUUUAAAUGCAUUUUAAAUGUUAAAUAAUAAAGUUGAAAGAUCGUU